ACCGCGACUGCUCUUGCACCCCUUCCCCACCACCGACACCCGCACCAUGCGCCUGUCCUACUUCCUCACAGUCCUCUCAAUAGCGGGGCUCGCCUCGUCCCAAGCAACACAGAGGCCACCAGACACCUUCCACGAGUCCUUGACUCUCCACCCGCUGCCAGACGGCAAGCUGUCAGUGCUGUUCGAGUUCACGACGCACUUUUCGCUGCAUGGCGGAGAAUCACAAUCCCACCACACGCUCACGCCGCCUGCGCUCCUCCUCCCAAUCGAGAAGAACAACGUGUCCGAGCUCACAGUGUCAUUCACCGCGGGCCAGUGGCACCAGGAGCGGCAUGGCGAGUCGGGACCGCUCGAGUACGAGGCGGGCGGUGGUGGCGCCGAGGUCCGCGGGUGGCUCGUCAACGGCACCACUGAGGAGACGGACGAGCGAUGGGAUGCCGUCACCAAGGCUUUUGGUGGACUGUUCUGCGCUGGUGUUGGGGCGGAGCACGUCGGUGAGAGCGUGAGGACGUUUGGGCACCUCUACGCUCCGGCGAGGAAGGAUCAGAACUUGACGCACUACUACGUCUCCAACCCGCACCUGCACCUGUGCACCGAGAACCUCACGCCGUUCCUCUCCCUCCUGCCGUCCAAGGGCGUGUCCGGGCUGUCGUCGCUCCUCGCACAGCCCGGCGUGGUGCUUGCAUGGGGCUUCAAGACGGAGGGCAUCGACGUCGUCAUGCCCACCGAGACGGAGCAAGGCACCUGGACCGGCUGGUGGGAGGGUGUCGUCGACCUCGUCCCCAUCCCCGGCUCGAGCCGCCAGCACUCGAUCAACAGCCUGUUCAAGAAGCCCCUGCCUCGCGCGUUCCCCCUCGCCUCGAGCAGCGUGCUCAAGGUCAUUGCUCCCUCUGGCGGCUUCAGUGUCGACCCCGCCCCCAACGACGUCGAGGGCAAGUGGAUCGACGGGACGCGGCACGAGGAGGCGAGCUGGGACCUGCUCGUUGACGGUGUCGCGGGGCACGACAUCAAGUUUUGGUUCAAUGACGAGGCGGAUUUCGUUCAUCCCCAAACCUUUGAGCCUCCCCUCGUGACCAUCUCACGCGUGGCGGCAAACCGCUACGCGUCUGACGCCACGUUCGUCGUCGAGAUCACCAACCACGCCGAAGUGGACCGCGAGGUCACUUACUCUGAGAUCUGGCCGUGGUGGGUCAAGGGCUGGCUGAGCGAGAUGAGCGUCAAGGUCAAGGGCGACGAUGCCAAGUGGAACGACCUCAUCCAGUCGUUCGAGUACAACCCCUCAGUGCCGCCGACACCCUCCACCACGACCCUCCACAUCGGCCUCAUCCUCCCAGCCCACGCCACAACGGUUAUCACGAUCCCCUUCACCAAGCUCACGCUCAAGUACACCGACCACCGACCGGACGCCGAGCGUGGACGCGAGAUCCCCGCCUCGGUGCUCACCUUCCACGACAUUGAAGGCGAGGCGGACACGGGCACGGAGCGCGAGGACGGCGUGCAAAGUGGGACUCGCGACUUCCGGCGUUCGGCCCGUCGCCGAAUCUACGGUCCCAAGCUGCUCCUCGACGUCCCGGUCCCCGACUUUUCGAUGCCCUACAAUGUCAUCAUUAUGAGCUCGACCAUCAUGGCCGUCUUCUUUGGGUCUAUCCAGGGCCGCUUGAUCCGCCGCUGGGGCUGGGUCAAGAAGGGCAACGGCGGCAACGGCGACGGCGACAGCAAGUCAAAGUUGGAAUAGACGGUGCGAACCAGUUAGCGAUAUCGAAGUCACGUUCGUCGCGUCCAAUCGCGUGGGUGUGUGUCUCAGGGAUCAGGGGGCUUGUUGCUCGCUCUCUUGCCUGCUGGACGAGGUUGUUGUGCAUGUCCAGAGUGAAGAGUCUCACUGUUUGUUGUGAGGCCCCGCAGUGGCCGAGUCGAUAGAGAUGCAUAGGGAUGCCAGAG